UCUCUCUGAACCGAACGCUCCCAGGACACUCAGAAGCGGCGGCUCUAAUCAUCACGUCGCCGGAGACGAUCGACUGCGGCCAUGGCCGCAGCGCGUCGGUGGCGGCGAAAAUGUAGGACGCGGGACGCGGUGCUGGCGCUGCUCAUCGCCUCGGUGCUCGCGCCCCUCGCGCUCUACAGCGGCGCACCCAUCUCCCCCUUCUCCGGCCCCGCCCUGACCGGGAGCGCCUUCGUCCGCGAUCCCCCCAAUUUGAUUACCCGGAAUGAGGCGGGGAAGCGCCUGAACGCUCUGCCGCAGGACACAAAUGAUCCUGUACUGAAGAUUGCAUCGGAUGCUAGAGACAAUGUAGGAACUCCUAAUGUGGGCGAUCAGGGCACUCAACUGGGACAGAAUGGUGGAAUCCAGCAAGUUGUCAUGGGAAGCAAUAUAGAUAUACCAGGUGAAUCCAGGGGCAGUAAGGACGGCGGAGUGCGCAAUGUAGAAGAGGCAAAGGUGUUGUCGCAUGAUAUGAGUAAGAGAAAGCGUGCUGAUGGUGUGGUCAUUACUUUGGAGGAGGGUGCUCAGCUCACCAAACAGAGUGGCCUGACCAAUAUUGGUGCAGCAGGGGAUAACAAAGUUAGUGCAAUGCACAAUGCUGGAGAUCUAAAUGCCCAUUUGGAAAAGGAAAUUAAUGAUGAAAGAUCAUCUCAGCAAAUUACAGACUCGACAUCAAAAGAGUCUGGUGCAAUGAUAACUGGUAGUAAUACUAGUUAUUCCCCAACUUCCUCAGACAAGACGAUACUUGUUCUCAAGGACCAGUUGAGAAGAGCAAAAAGAUAUAUUGGAUUUCUACCAUCUAGAGGCAAUCAUGGGUUUGUAAAGGAUCUCCGAAGAAGGAUGAGGGAUAUCCAGCAAGCACUGAGUGGUACAACCAUCGAUAGGCAGUUACCAAAGAAUGUUCGUGGAAAAAUUCGAGCGAUGGAAUCAAUAUUAACAAAGAUCAAACAAGUGCAUGAUAACUGUGCAGCUGCUAUUGAUAAGCUACAAACAAACCUUCACUGGACAGAGAGCCAGCUCGAGGCUAACAAGCAACAGGCUAACUACGCAGCGCAGGUAGCAGCUAAAGCUCUGCCAAAGAUGCUUCAUUGUCUUGCACUGCGGCUUACAAAUGAGUACUAUACAUCCAGUUCCAACAGUAAGCAUUUUCCAUAUGAAGACAAGCUGGAGGAUCCGGAACUACAUCACUAUGCAUUAUUCUCUGACAAUGUACUUGCCGCUGCUGUGGUUGUGAACUCAACUGUUAUGCAUGCUAAGGAACCAGCAAACCAUGUCUUCCAUAUUGUGACUGAUAAGCUUAAUUAUGCUGCAAUGAAGAUGUGGUUUUUGGCGAAUCCCCCGGUUAAAGCUGCUAUUCAGGUUCAGAAAAUUGAAGAUUUUACAUGGCUAAAUUCGAGCUACAGUCCAGUUCUGAAGCAACUGGCCUCUCAGUUCAUGAUCAAUUACUACUUCCAUACUCCACAGAAUAAACCUGAUAGAAACCCCAAGUUCCGGAACCCCAAGUACCUGUCAAUUCUCAAUCAUCUGAGGUUUUAUCUUCCUGAGAUCUUCCCAAAACUUAACAAGGUGUUAUUUGUCGACGAUGACAUUGUAGUCCAGCAGGACUUGAGUCCACUUUGGUCGAUAGAUCUCAAAGGCAGGGUUAAUGGUGCUGUCAAAACCUGUGGUGAGGUUUUCCAUAGGUUUGAUAGGUACCUGAACUUCUCAAACCCUCUCAUCGCCAAGAAAUUUGAUCGACGUGCAUGUGGGUGGGCAUAUGGCAUGAACAUGUUUGAUUUGUCUGAGUGGAGAAGGCAGAAUAUUACUGCUGUGUAUCACUACUGGCAAGAGCAGAAUGAACAUAGACUGUUAUGGAAGUUAGGAACACUCCCUGCUGGCCUGGUGACAUUCUGGAAUAACACCUUCCCUCUCGAUCGCUCGUGGCAUCUCUUGGGCUUAGGAUACAAGAAGAACGUCAACCCAAAGGAUAUCGAGCGGGCUGCAGUCAUACACUACAAUGGGAAUCUGAAACCUUGGCUUGAGGUUGGGUUGCCAAAAUACCGCAAUUACUGGUCCAAGCAUGUCAAUUUUGAUCAAGCGUUCAUAAGGGAGUGCCACAUACAUCCGUGAGUUGCUGCUGCGGAAUCCUGUGCAUAGGCUGCCGAGAUGGUUUCAGUUUUUUUGUAGCUCUGUAGGUUGUCUCUUCCUUGGCAUCUACUCAUAUUAUGAUCUAAGUAGAACAUUUUGCUGACUAAAUCACAGUGCAAGCAAGUUGUAGCAGGCCUUGGAAUAAAAUGUGUAGUAGUCUAGAGCCAGCAGUGCUGUAGGGUAUGUAUUCAAAUCUGUGGUAGGUUUAUUCUAUUGGUUCUUUCUGAUGA